GUUUUAGAAUGAAAGUAGUUCUCGUGCUUUUCGUCUUCGCGGCAUCUAGCAUGUCGCAGGAGCUGUGGAACCAAUAUCCGGAGAAUGGCAACUACAUCGUUCCAUACAAGUUCACCGGCACCUAUAGUUCUGAAGAGCGCUCGAUGAUCACGGCGGCUAUGCAGAAGAUUGCUGGCAACACUUGUGUCGAAUUCAGACUUCGCACGAACGAAGACGAAUUUGUCGAGAUAAUCAACAAAGAAGACGGGUCAUGCGGUGCAAAUGUAGGAAGAAUUGGGGAGAAUAGGAUAUAUCUUGAAUCGAACAAUAAUGUAAACUGCAUGGAUGCGAAAACCAUAAUGGUAAACCUACUACAUAGUUUGGGGCUGAGUCGCGAGAAUCAGCGAGUGGAUAGAGACAAAUACAUCAACGUGCAUUUCGAAAAUAUGGCAGAUCCAAAUCUGCGCUUCUUCCUAGCAGAGAGAGAUCCAAAAUAA